CAACCCUGAUCUCAAGGCGUGAGUAUCACUAAUAGUGUUAUUUCUAAUCACUAAUCAAUAUACGAAGGGGGAAGUUAGCUACACAGUUUACAAAACAGCCUGUCAAACAAAUGAGAGGAGCUGUAAACAGGCGGUUUUUAUAGUUCAUCUUCAGAAAAUGUCCUACUGGGUCCGCUGCAACUCCUGCUUCCAGCCUGUCAGUGCCGACAGGAAACUAGCAGUCACAACCUGCGGACAUGUCAUCUGUAGUGUCUGCUAUCAGCAAGGGAAGCAAGGGGAGUGUUUAAUAUGUAACGCCAAAUGCCAGGUGUCUCCCCUGUCUGACAAAAGUAGUUCUGAGGUGAAGGCCCUGUUCUCUGACAUCAAAACUGUUGCGACCAAACACUUCUCAGAAAUCAGCAAGGUUUUAAUGUUCCAGGCAAGGCAUCAGAAGAGACUCUUGACUCACUACCAGGAACGGAGUGAGAAAUUAGAAGAGGUCUUGGUCAAGAUGAAGCAAGAAAUGCAACAAAUGACCAAGAAGCUGAAUGAACAGAGGUCCUACAUCACUAAACUGGAGAACUGUCUCAAGCAUCAAAAUGCCAAAGCUUCAUCAGUGCCUCAGAUGAGCCACAGUUCCCACGCUCCAUGUGGACCAAAGUCAGUCCUACAGAUCCCAUAUAACUCCCCCAUGCCCUUCUCACGACACUCAUCAACCACUGACCUGAGUGAAAACAUGGAGGUGGAUGGAAGAAAUCUGUUCAGGAAACCUGACCCUGUUCCCAGAGUGUCGUUAAUCAGUCCUCCGCAAGACGGACGAAUGGGUACCGUUUCUCACCGAUCGACCAAUCAGAACGCACUGACCAACCACUCAGCGCGCUCAGCCACAGUCAGUCGUUUCCAGUCAGCAGCAGUCACCCCAGAUUUGUCAUAUGGCAGGAGCACUGGCUGGAAGUCCCCUGUCUUCAAACCCCCCUCUUCCUUCAGACACUCCUCUGUGUCGUCCCUGGUCUGCCUCCCACCUUAACACACACACAUACACACACACACACGCACACACACACAUAAUAAAGAGUCUUAAGGAAACGAAUCUGCUCACUGGUGUGUUUCUAGAGGCAUUAAUGGAACACCAGCGGCUCUAAACUUUGGUCUUUGUACUGUAAUCCAGCAUAUUUUAAACUACAGGUGGCCAAAAGUCAACAAUCUGUUUCUAGCGAGCCCCCCACAUCACAAGAACAUUUGCAUGCUUUAACAGCCCUGCACCUCAGGCUUAAACUAAAUUUAAUCAGUUUAACGUCUAAGAUCCUGAGCUGUGAUGCAUCAUACUGUACAUUAGUAACUCAGCUCUUUUUCUGUGCCAUUGAAAUCUGACUUUGUCACCAUCUCAACAAUUA